CGCACGCAUACAGGACCAGUCCUUCAUCAUGGAGUACAGUAAGAUAACCAAAAGUGUGUCUGAGAGCUGUUCUGUGGAGGAGCUGGAGGUCCCACAGGAGGUGGACAGGGCCAGGCUGAGAUGCCUACAGCAGUGGACUGAGAGGCGGCUGGUCUCAGUGGUCAUCUCCCUGCCUGACCGGGACCCCUUCAGGCUGCUCUAUGGCUCUAUCCCCCGUCUGGACCCGGACACAGCCCACCCCAAGCUGCUCAUCUCUGAGGAGAACAGGAAGGUGUCUUACAGUGAGGUCCAGCAGGCCUACCCGGAGCAGGGGGCUCGCUUUAGCUCCUUCCCCCAGGUCCUGGCCUCUAAACCCCUGGAGGGAGGCCGUGUGUACUGGGAGGUGGAGGUGGAGGAAGACGAGGGCAAAUGGAAGGUGGGAGUCUGCGAGGGUCAGAUCGGCCGUAAGGGCCAGAAAGACACCUGCCGUAUCGGCUUCAACCCCUAUUCUUGGUGCCUGCUGAGUGAGAAGGGGCAGAUAGAAGCCCUGCACGACAAGGUGGCUGUCCCUGUGGAGGUCGACGGACUGGAAAGGGUUGGGGUGUUUCUGGAUUUCGAGGAGGGUAGCCUGUCGUUCUAUAAAGUGGCACAAGGGGCGCUCUGAGCUUGCUCCAUUGUUUUAAACAGAGGUUCAGUGAACCAUUGUAUCCUGCACUAGCCGUGUCUAAAACCCAGCUCAACAUCUCUGAUCUGUUCCAGGCAGAAUCUGUUACGUCAGAGUAGUUACACGAGUACUUCAGAUAUCUAUAAAUCUUCUUCUUUUUUUAACGGCAAAAUCUGAUUCAAACAACAACAGGUGGUCAAUCCGCCACUAUUUUAUUCUGUACACUGCUGAUGAGUGGGGCUAGAGAAGGGAAUUGUUCCAGACAGGCUCAGUAGAAUACACAUAGUGGGGAAGUUUUCUACAGAUCAUAAAUACCUUUUUGUGUAAGCAAUAAAACAAUUUUUUUUUAAACUUUUUAUAAAUGUUAAUCAAUCAGAGGAUCGCGAAGAGAAAUUUCAACGCAGAGAUAAUCUUAAAUAUUCUUGUGUUUCAUUGUUUUCAAAUGUAGAUGUAAUGAGAAGCAUAAAUACACUGAGUGGACAAAAAAUUAGGAACACCUGCCCUUUCCAUGACAGACUGAGAAGGGGAAAGCUAUGAUCCCUUAUUGGUGUCACCUGUUAA